CAUUUGCAACAGUUUAUUUUCAGCGUUGUUACGAAUCAAACCGUUUGAAAAACGUUUGUCGAAUCGAACGGAAUCAUUGAGUGUGUGUUGAAGAAGAUUUUUUUUGGUCUAUAAUUUCCGUUGCUGUUUGUGGAGUUGUUCUACAUAAAGUCAUUAGUGCAAAAUAAAUGUGCAAGUGGUUGAGUGCAAAAAAGUCACACGAAUAAAUAAAAGAGCAAAUAUUUAACAUAGAAUAUCAAUACCGUUAAGAGGGAUACCACUUAAGUAAAACUAAUCUUGCAACUGGAAGACAAAGUGUACUUUGGUUGUGGUUGUGGUUGUGGUGCCGAUAGAGAGAGAAAAAUCGUCAAAAAAGUGGAAAAAAAACGAGUGAAUCAGUAAACAAAGGAGGAUUUUUGGUUGUUUGCUCAAACGAAAAAUACAUAAAACGUGUAUAAAGUGAAAAAUGAGUGGCUCUGGCAAAGGAUUGUUGGGUUUAUGGUUGUAUAGAAGUGGUGAACAAGAGUGGGCAGUUAAAGAAGGAAGUCCCUUGCAUAAUCAAGAUGACUUGGUGACGUCAUCGGCAUCGAACGAUAGAUUGAAACGACAAGAAAAUGUGUCGCCAGUGGAUAAAACAUCCAUUAUCUUCACAUUGAACAACCAAGUGGGUGGAUUGGCCCGAGCGCUACAAGUGUUUCAAGAGCUCGGUAUCAAUGUGUUGCAUUUGGAAUUGCAAAACACUAGAUCGGACGUUGAUCAGGCCGAAGUAUUCGUUGAUAUUGAGUGCGAUCCAAAGCAUUUGGAUAGAGUAAUCCGAUUACUUAAACGGGAAGUUCGAUCGGUGAGCUAUGCUUCGGCUCAGGUCAAUGACGAGUUUCCGCCCCCAACGCCUCUUUCAGCAUGCUCCUCGUUCGACUUUGGUGACAUUUUCUGGUUUCCACGGAAAAUUUCGGAUUUGGAUAAAGUGCAAAACGUGUUAAUGUAUGGAACGGAACUUGAUGCUGACCAUCCUGGAUUCAAGGAUCCUAUUUAUCGCAAAAGACGCGAACAAUUUGCCUCUAUUGCCAAUUCAUACAAACAUGGAAAUCCAAUUCCGAAAAUUCAAUACACGCCCGAAGAAAUCAAAACUUGGGGCAUCGUUUUUCGUGAGCUCCAUCGAUUAUAUACAUUGCAUGCCGUACCGGAGUACAUGGAAAAUUGGCCGCAAUUGGUCAAAUAUUGCGGCUAUCGCGAAGACAAUUUGCCCCAGUUGCAAGAUGUCAGUAAUUUUUUGAAACGAAAAACGGGCUUUCAAUUGCGUCCAGUUGCCGGCUAUCUAUCACCAAGAGACUUCUUGUCUGGCUUGGCGUUCCGUGUUUUCCAUUGCACUCAGUACAUUAGACACUCGUCGGAUCCCUUUUAUACACCGGAACCGGAUUGUUGCCAUGAACUGCUCGGUCACAUGCCAUUGCUGGCUAAUCCCAGUUUUGCACAAUUCUCCCAAGAAAUUGGCUUGGCCAGCUUGGGUGCAACCGAUGCAGACAUAGAUAAAUUGGCCACGCUUUAUUUUUUCACGGUGGAAUUUGGAUUGUGUCGACAAAAAGACGGUUCAUUCAAAGUGUACGGCGCAGGGCUUUUGUCAUCAGUUGCCGAACUUCAACAUGCUCUUGAAACGACAGAUAAAAUUAAACGAUUCGAUCCAGAAGUGACUUGCGAGGAGGAAUGCAUCAUCACUUCAUAUCAAAAUGCUUAUUACUAUACCGAUUCAUUCGAAGAAGCUAAGGACCGAAUGAGAAUUUAUGCCGAAAAUAUUCAACGUCCGUUCGGUGUGAAAUACAAUCCAUACACACAAACGGUUGACGUACUUUCGAAUGCAAAACGAAUAACGGCUGCAGUGAGUGAACUUCGGGGUGAUCUGAGCAUUGUCUCAUCGGCGUUGCGAAAAGUUUCAGCAUUAGAUCAAGAUUUAGAUGUGGAGAAAAUUACUCAAAUGCUUCAAUCGGGCUUACAGGUUGGAGAUCGAAGCCCAGUUAGCCCCGAUUCGGAUGGCUCACAAGAUGGUUCCAAUAAAACAAAUGACAACACGGAUGAAGACAUCCAGGAAUAAUUAUACUGAAUUUGUGACUGAAUGAAGUAUGACCAAAUUGAGAAGGACUAAAUUACAGAACUAAAACCAAAAAAAAAAAGAAAAUCAUAGAAAUUAUAAUAAGUGUAAUCAAAGUUAAUGUUGUUUGAAUAUCUGUGUCACUGUCAAC